AACACUUUAUAUGUUGUGUUUAUAUUUUUGUUCAGUAUAUGUUUUCGAGGUUACCUGGACACAUCCCUGAUAAAAACAAGGCACUAGGUCAUACUGCAAACAAACACACCCAACACUUAAUACAGCUAAUUUCUAUUGGAUUAACAAGAAACAGGUUUUUCCAUGUUUCCACACAUAAUUGGCAUAUAUUUGCAUAGGCAGAUGUAGUCCUUGUGGUAAGUCCCUUUAACAAGUCACAAGACCAGAGGAUCCCUUCUGUAAGAGAGGAAACACUAAGGGAAGCCUGCUCUCUAGGAGUUAGGUAACCCAGUGAACUGUCCAAACCCAGGCAUAACCUGUAUGAGGAUCCUUCUGCUGGUUGUUCAUCUGCUUCAACCCAGCACAUCCUAAUAUCUCACCAGGGUUCCAGAGAGGAGAGAGGGGCUGGAGCUGUUCCAAACAUCAAAGGCAGACCCAUACUGGUUAUAAGGGAAACCACCCUCUAACCUAGUCCUGUAAGCAUGGGGAAGAUAGAGAGCAAGCAACCAGCCCCAGACAUUCCCAAGAUAACCUCAACCUGGUGGGAGACGCUAGAGAAGAAGCCACCUGCCCCAACCAUGACCAUUCCAAACAUUAACUUUAAUUUCCCAACCCUGUGGGGGAGGAGAGAGAGCAAGCCACCAGACCCAGACAUACCCAGUAUAUUCUCCACCUUGUGGAGAACCCCCAACAACCCCAAUGAUUUCGUCCCUCUAUUCAACGACUGUGUGGGGAUAGCUGCAGCUAGGACCCAGGAGUAUCUCCUAUUCCUGGACCCAGAGGACAAGUUCCAGCCCAGCCCGGCAGCCCUCAACGAUAUUUUCCUAAUGACCUAUAUCACCCAGAGCAGCCACCUCCACAUGACCGACUCCUUCAACUGCACCACCAUGACCAAGCAGCAGCGCAUCCUCCUGGGUGCUGACUGGGUGUGGGCUGUACUGGAGAGGCCCACCAAGAACCCCCGCAUCCAGAUCGCCGUGCAGAUCCUGCACCUGCCCGAGAGGGGGGGAGGGCCAGCCGAGGACAUCCCUCCGGAGGUGUACACUGAAUCCAUGCAGAUGGCCAAGAUGGAGUCUGCUCAUAGGAACAAGGCAGAGAGGAUGGUGGAUUUCUGUGCCUCCAUCGGUAAUGACUGCUACGCCCUCUUUCUCCUCUUCGGCCGCAAGGGCGACCCGGGCAACAUCUACGGGGUGCUGAGCAACAACUUUCACGCUGCUAUAGGGAAGACUAAGAUCAACCGUGCACUCAUUGAGAAUUUCUUUAAAGGGUCCAGGUACUUACACACGCCCACUGGAAUGCUACAGGCUAUCAUCACCAAGAGAGAUUGUGACCCUUUAACUCUGCUCAUCAAGUUUACCUGACCAGUGUGAUCGAUGACAGUACAACCAUAUGGUACCUUUCAGAUGACUCUGUGUUUACUGUAGUGUUUCAAAUGGGGGGAAGGACUGUUGUGAUUGGUGGGUUUAUGCUUGCCUGGGACUCGGGGACCCAGUGUGCUGAAAUUGGCCCGUGUCCAUGUCUCAUGUGUGUACUACUGACCCAUGCCUGCUGACAGCUGCUCACACCCCCAUGGUUAGUAUUUCUGUUAGGGCUCUAUUCAAUCAGAUCCGCUUUAACCGACAUCCGCAUAGCGGUUCUUUUGGCAGUGUCGGAGGUGGAACUGCGUUAGAACUGUCAAAUCCAAAGCGGCUCCUGGCAUUAUACCUAAAGCGGACAUUGCCAUUGGCUGCACAGAGUCGCAUUAAGAGAAAUUCCAUGCAACCUUGUUUACAACUUCUAACACUGGAAUGUGAGAUGUAAUCUACACCUGGAGUAGGCUGAUAGAAAUCCUCAUUAUUUU